GGGAACCUCUGUACAUGAACGUCCCACGGCAGCACCACGCUCACAGCAAUUGCCGGCGCCAAUGGCAAUGGAGUUUGCGAGAGCAGCGUCGGCUCGCCGCCUGCUUAGGUGGCAGUCGGCAUUGGCCCGGCCUCGGAGCUGGGUAUGUGGCUCCUGCCGGAGCAGCCUCGCUGUCGCGACGCGGCGCUUCUCGUCGGAGCCGACGCCAGGAGCAGCGAGCAAGAAGCCCUUCUAUGUUACGACGCCCAUAUUCUACGUCAAUGCAGCGCCGCACCUGGGACACAUGUACUCGAUGGUGCUGGCCGACGUGUUCAAGCGGUGGCAGACGCUGCUGGGGAACCCCGCCAUCCUUUGCACCGGCACCGACGAGCACGGCAUGAAGGUGCAGCAGGCCGCCGCCCUGGCUGAGUUGCCGCCCAAGCAGUUUUGCGACGAGAACGCAGAGAAGUUCGAGCAGCUAGCGCAGCUGUCGCGCAUCGACUACGACCGCUUCAUCCGCACCACCGACCUCGACCACGUCCAGGCUGUCGAGCACUUCUGGUUCCUGCUCCGCGAAAGGGGCUUCAUAUACGAGAGCAAGCACGAGGGCUGGUACAGCGUGAGCGACGAGUGCUUCUACCCCGAGUCGCAGCUCGUCAGGCACAUGGAGCCCUUUACGGGCGCCGUGUACAUGGCGUCGGCCGAGACCAAGAACAAGGUCGAGUGGGUCGAGGAGAAGAACUACUGCUUCCGCAUGACGGACCUCAAGGACAGAUUGCUGGACUUUUACGAGAAGAACCCGGGCUGGAUCGAGCCGGCCUACCGUAUGAACGAGGUCGUCAACUGGGUCAAGAACCAUCUCUCGGACCUCUCCAUCUCGCGGCCCGUUCAGCGGCUCAGCUGGGGCAUCCGCGUUCCCGACGAUCCAUCCCAGACCAUCUACGUCUGGGUCGACGCCCUGAUCAACUACCUCACCGCUGCCGGCUACCCUUCCUGGCCGCCUGGGGCGUUGCACAACGGUAUCUGGCCGGCCAACAUGCACGUCGUGGGCAAGGACAUCCUCCGGUUUCACUGCGUCUACUGGCCGGCGCUGUUGAUGGCACUGGAUCUUCCCUUGCCGAAGAAGGUGCUCGUCCAUUCGCACUGGACGCUGAACAAGAAGAAGAUGUCCAAGUCGCUCGGCAACGUGGUCAACCCGGUCUAUGCCAUCAACCGCUGGGGCACCGACACAGUGCGUUUCUACCUCUUGUUUGAGGGCGGCAUUGCCGAUGACGCAGACUACAACAACAAAACUCUCGUGGUAAAGUACAAGAAGUACCUCCAGUGGGGCUUCGGCAACCUGCUGGGGCGCGUCACGAGGCCUAAGCUCUGGAAUGUGCGCGAGAUAGUGGUCAACUCGCUCAGCGAACGGGCGGAAUCACGUCUGCAGCUCUCCAAGCCGUUGCAGGAGAGUGCGGCUCGCUUCGAGGAAGCCUUGGCGAACCUUGCUCCGACCGUAGCGCGGCACAUGGAAGAGUACAAUCCGGUAGCUGCCAUCCGUCAGAUCAUGGAAAUCGGCGCUCAGUUGAACGAGUUUUUGACCAUGACCCAGCCUUGGUCCCUGGUGAAGUCGGAGAGGCCGGAAGAUAAAGUGGCUGCCGAAUCAGUGCUGUUCCUGGUGGCCGAGGGCCUGCGAAUCUCGGGGAUUCUCCUGCAGCCGUUUCUGCCGGACAAGUCGGCCCGCAUGCUCGACAUUCUGGGCGUCGACGAGGACAAGCGGACGUUUGGCCACGCUGUGAUGCGCUGCGACCCAAGCUACGGCUCCCCGAAGGCAGAUCCGGGACACAGUCGCGACGAUGGUCUCUUCCCUCCCCUGAUCGAGGAUAUGGACAUCGCUUUCCCCGGCAGUCCCAAGGCCCGCAGGAGCAACCUCAGCAAGCAGGAAAUUGUGGUGAAGGAGGACUGAUGCCGCGCUGUCUGCGGCAUCGUGCGAGGCGCCCGAGUGCGCGGGCGGGCGGAUGUAUGAGUAUGAAGCUGGUGGCCUGCGGCCUUGUGAUACCCUAUCACUGUAGAGUGUAUAUAUAGUGCAACGAUAGACAACUUCAGUCUUGAAUCUCCGGGUUGGCUAUGGGGAACACGGGCUUGGGGAACGGCUGAUAGGUAUGCAAUCAUUGAAGCUGCACGCACCUAUAAAAGCAUAACCUCGUUAAAGAGCUAAUCGUUUCCAC